GAAAUUUUUUGACAAUGACAAUUUGUUGUAAUUCCAAAUUUGACACUGACAGAAAAAUAAUCGAAUCAAAAUUUUGUGAUCUAUUUUCGCAAAAAUUGGAAUCAAAAACAAAUAAAAAUGUCUUUAGCUAAAGUAUUUUCCGUGUCGGCUCGAGUAAGACCAUAUGGAUCGACCGGUAUGCUGGUCCGGUACGCCAGCGCUGGCCAGGAAGGGAAAGUGUCUAAGGUGUACCCGCCGACGUCGCCCGGCUACAAAUAUGUAAAUGCAGAAGACCCAGACAUGAGUAUGAGAGAAAUGACAAACAGGGCGGCCACAACCCUGUUUUGGACUGAGCUGGCGAGGGGAUUUGCCGUCACUCUUGCCCAUAUUUUUAAGGAGCCAGCAACAAUCAACUAUCCGUUUGAGAAGGGGCCUCUCUCGCCGCGCUUCCGCGGGGAGCACGCGCUGCGCCGCUACCCGUCGGGGGAGGAGCGCUGCAUCGCCUGCAAGCUGUGUGAGGCUAUCUGCCCGGCUCAGGCAAUCACAAUAGAAGCGGAGGAGCGCAGGGACGGCUCGCGGCGCACCACGCGGUACGACAUCGACAUGACCAAGUGCAUCUACUGCGGCUUCUGUCAGGAGGCGUGUCCCGUGGACGCCAUAGUGGAGGGGCCCAACUUCGAGUUCUCGACGGAGACGCACGAGGAGCUGCUGUACAACAAGGAGAAGCUGCUGUCCAACGGCGACAAGUGGGAGAGUGAGAUCGCGUCCAACAUCCGAGCCGAUCACCUGUACCGCUGAGCGCGAUCUUGUCACGCUCGGCGCGAUAGUGUCUCGCUCGGCGCGAUAGUGUCACGGUGAGCGGUCACAGUGUCACGCUCGGCGCGAUAUUGUCACGCUAAGCGUGAUCUAGUCACGCUCGGCGCGAUAUUGUCACGCUCGGCGCGAUAUAAUCACGCUCGGCGCGAGUGUUACGCUCGCAGCGAUAGUGUCACGCUCGGCGCGAUAGUGUCGCGUUCGCCGUGAUAAUGUAUAGAGUAACGCGGGGCCAAUUUUGCCGUGAUCUUGAACAAUAGCUCAUUGCAAAAUUGGGACUGAAUUAGGAUUAUUAAUUUAUGUGAUAAAUAAAUACUAUCUUACGUCUCAACAGCGUGUAUUUUAUUUAGAAGAGAAUUACACUUUUUUAGGGUUCCAUAGUCUACAAGGAACCCUUGUUCUUGUCUCAGCACGUUUUUGUAAAUUAUAAUGACAUAAGUAAUUGAAAAAUAUAAUAGCAUUCUGUUAACAAGCAAUGCAAUAAAUUAAUUAUUUAAUGUAGAAAACAUUUUGUAAAAUCUUUAUUUGUUGCCUUUUGACAAAAAAUUAUUGUCAAUUUAAUUUAUUUGUAUAGUGAACACAGGCUUGGGUAAAAAAGUUACUAUCUAUAUCAAAAUAAUAAGGAUCGUAUUCCUUUGUUUUCGUUGGUGUGUUGUUGUUAAGUAGUUACUUAGACUAGUUAGUUGGUGGCAUUAAAUAAAUCAUUGUAUAGUCAGUCUAUGAAAUAUUUUUAUUUUUGUAAAUAAAGUUCUCAUUGCAUUAAAGUACA